GGCUCCAUUCGAAGGCGACGGCGGUUGUUCGGUUCUCUUCUAAACUCCUCAAACGGACCUGGUACAGACUGUCGGUUCGGAAUCCAGCCGUCAAGCGAGAUCUGUGUGGCUUAGCGUCGCUGGUAUGAAGCGGAAUAUCUUUCAUUUGAAUCAGAUCGCUGGUGUAACGUUAGUUUGAAGACAGAGAGUCGGGCGGAGGAGCCAUUUUGUCCCGACAGUGUGAGAGAAAAGAAAGACAGAGACAUUAUAAACACCAGACUUUUCAGAGGAAACAUACAUCUUAAAUAUCGCUUUCGGAGUUUAAAAAAAGAGUCUUAACCUACAGAGCAAAUCAAAACAGCUGCGAAGAAGAGACUGUCCGUUGUGUGUUUUCGAAUAACACACACACACUCACACACACACUUUCCCUUUAACACACUCUCAGUCUCUAUCGGUUUCUCAUCCGUGUGUGUUUAUAAGAGCUCAGAUGGCGAAGAAGACCUAUGAUCUGCUCUUUAAGCUGCUCUUGAUUGGUGAUUCUGGGGUGGGAAAGACCUGCGUGCUGUUCAGAUUUUCAGACGACGCCUUCAACACCACCUUCAUCUCCACUAUAGGAAUCGAUUUUAAGAUCAAAACAGUUGAAUUGCAAGGAAAGAAGAUAAAGCUACAGAUAUGGGAUACAGCGGGACAGGAACGGUUUCACACCAUCACUACCUCUUACUACAGAGGGGCCAUGGGAAUCAUGCUCGUAUAUGACAUCACCAACGCCAAGAGCUUCGAAAACAUCAGCAAAUGGCUCAGAAAUAUUGAUGAGCACGCUAACGAGGAUGUGGAGAGGAUGCUGCUAGGCAACAAGUGUGACAUGGAGGACAAACGUAUCGUACCAAAAGCAAAGGGGGAACAGAUUGCGAGAGAACACGGGAUUCGCUUCUUCGAGACAAGUGCAAAAGCCAACAUCAACAUCGAGAAGGCGUUUCUCACGUUAGCAGAAGACAUUCUCAAAAAGACGCCCGUAAAAGAGCCCAACAGUGAAAACGUGGACAUCAGCACUGGAGGCGGAGUCACAGGAUGGAAGACCAAGUGCUGCAGUUGAACAUACACACACAGUUACUCACACACUUUACACAAACACACACACAUCGUCUGUUCUUCUAUAUCCCCCUUUCUCUCUCUCUCUCUCUCUCUCUCUCUCUCUCUCAUUCACUCAUCCCUUUCUCAUCCGUUUCUGUCUAACAAUCUUCCAUUUUCCCCUCACAGGAUUCUCUGUAAAACACAUCUCUAAUGUUUCUUAAAAUCACGGCUGCUUGCUGACAUUUUUAUUUCUGAAAAAAAAAAUACAAAUGCAAAAAGAAAGUCAUUUCAUGUUUCUUAAUUUAAAAUUAAAGAAAGAAAGAAAUGAAUUAAAGAAAAAGUGCGUUCACCACUACAUAAAGACCAUCAGUGGACCUGGAGACUCUAUCGGAGCGUUCAGUAUGACAUCCUAGACAAGACUUUUGUCCAGUGUUUUGGGUUAGUGUUGUGUGUUAGUGUGAGAAAUCUUCUCUAACUGGGUUUUUUUGUUCUUUAAUUUGAUUUCUUUCGUCCGGUGCCUUAAUGUAGAGCCUUAGAGCCCAUCCCCUCCAAACAACAUUUAAACAUCACUUUUCUGUGACCGUUACACACACACAACACACACACACACACACACUGGUCCUCUCCUCUCUGCUUGACCCACUAACUCAACCCAGCACAUCUGAGUGGAACCAUCCGGUCUCAACCUGUUUGCUCAGAAGAGAAUGGCAUCAUAUGUAUUUUUGUUUAGUUCUUUUUCAAAUGUAGUCCGUUUUUUAUUUUUCCGAAUGUUUUAUGAAUCUCCUCUGUAUGUUUUGUUUUCCCUCACUCAGUUACUCAUUCUCUCCUGCAUGCUGGUUUCUUUGGGGUUUUGGGGUCUUUUGUAAGUUUUGCCAUGUUUGUAAUUGACAGGAAGUAUCUCUUCUAGUCCAGAUACGUGUCAGGGAGGGGAGCGUUCUCUUUGGAAAUUCAAACGAUUUUGCAGAUCCAUUAAAAAUAAGCUUGUUUAAGUUA